UCAUUGGAUAGCGGGUGCGGUGCAUGCCUUGGCAUCAACGCAUACUCAUGUCUGAGAGGCAACAGUUGACAUGCGACGCGACGUACAACGGGCAAAAAAACGCACAAAGCAAUACGCACACACACACACACGCAUGCCGGCAAUGUGUGAGAGAGAAAAGGGAUACAGAGGGGGUCCACGGUAAGAUGCGCCUGCCUGCUGCUGCGUGCAUGUAGGCAGUAAGACUUAAAAGGCAGCAUCCAUCCAUCCAUUCAUCCAUCCGUCCAUCCGUCCACCGAUACAGUCCUACAAAGACGCGCAUCACCCAAUGUCCAUCUACACACCUAAGAGCUGCCCCUGCCCUCAGCACAUCUCAAUGGGAGCGUACAGAUUAUUCUGCGCAGCGAUCCUUGCGCAGAAUGACCUGCACGUCCGCUCUGAAAUGUGCCCCGAGCCCGGCGACACACUGCAGCCAUAGAUCAAUUUGCUCACUCAGGUCAGCCAAGUGAAGCACGGGACCGAAAAAAUCCCCCGCUAUCUAUCGCUCUCUCAUCGCCUCGAUCUGUGUAUCUAUCUAGCAGUAGACACAGAACACUCCCCUCUGUGUGUCAGGUCGGUCGCCCGAGGUCACUUGGCCGGCUGCACCUGUCCGCCCGACACGUCGGCCCAUCGCUUGAGCAUCAACUUCUGCACACACAGCAACGCCUCGCGAGCAACGUCCCUGACGCACACAGACAUCAGACAGAGAGGGACAGGGAGAGGGAGAGGGGCAUGUGCAGCCGUGGUGGUGGUGGUGGUGGCUGGUAUGCUGACUUGUUCUUGUGUGACAGCAGCAUUAGGAGAAACUGCUUGGCCUUCAGCCGGUCCAGCACCCUGACACACGCACACACGCACAUCGAUCCAUGAGAUCCACCAGCACCAAAGAGCUCUGUGUGUGCUGGCCCGCUCACUUUUUGCCGGUGGGGUAGAGUCUGGCGAAUUCUCCCAGGUCGUGGCAGGCCACGGCGACGGUCUCCAAAUCGUCGGCCACCAGCAGCUUCAUCAACACCUUCACGACCUGCAUCAUCGGCCACCAGAUGGGACAGAGAGAGGAGGGGGUGGUGUGUUCUGCUGUGUGUGAAGGUCUCCCUCCCUCCCUCUGGUUUCGUGGCUGACUCUGAAGUCGUCUUCGCCGAACUUCUCGAUGUUCUCGUGGAAGAACUUCUCUGCAACAACAAUGGGUGCAUGGAUGGAUGGAUGGAUGGGUGUGUGGGCGGUGUGUGUGGGUCCAGAGCCAUCUCACCUUGGUGCAGGUGUGACCAUCUGAGUUUGCCGUUGGCGAGCUCCUUCUCGUAACGCUCAAAAUUGCUGCAGGCAGGCAGGCAGGCAGGCACAACGACACAAAAACCAACCACACACAUGCCCGCUCUUCUCUCCCCUCUGUGUGGCUGGGAGUGUGGCACCGACCUGUAUUGUUUGACUUUUGACUGUAGGGUGUAGAGUGUCUGUCUGAUCUCCUCGUACAGCUCGGCGUCGCGCCACUUCUCGUACUCGAGCAGCUGCAGCACCUGCAAAGUGUUGCGCUCCAGCAGAUCCUCAACCGCCUUGUCCUCCUCCAACAACGCCUGACGGACCAACACACGCUCACACAGAUGGACAAAGUGACCAAUGGCUGGGUGUUUGGCUGACCGGCAGUGUGUGUAUGCAGACGCGGACGACCUUCUCCACUCGACUGUCGCCCAGCACCUUGCGCAGCGCCAGCACCACACCCCGGUCUGUGCAGCACAAAGGCGGGUGGGGGCAACAUGGCAUCGAUCGCAACCUGGUGUGUGUGUCGGUGUGUCUGUGUGUGUGUGUGGGUGAGAGCCUGACCGAUGAGUUGUUUGAGAAGGUCAGGUCUGAAGCUGCUGAGCCACACGCAGAAACACGCCUUGUAGAGGUUGGGCGCCGGUCGCUCGGGGUCGACGUUCUUCAGAAUCCUAUGGCCAUGCAAUGCCACACACCCCCGGCACACGCAACCCUUUGCACAGCGUCAUUGCCCCCAUGUAGCGAACGAAGCUGCUCACAUGUCAGUGACGCCCCGGGCCUCGAAAACGGUGUUCCGAUACGCAUCUGACAUCAAACAACACAACGGAUGGAUGGAUGGAUGGUGCCGUGUGUCGUGUCCUCACUGUUUUUGAGGAGGUUGCAGAAGCUCUCGAGCUUGCCCAGCUCCGUCAUGGUGUAGGACGCUGGCACACACACAUACACUGACCGCAUGUGUGUUGGUCUAUGUGUGUGUGGGCUGCCUUUGCUGCCUGCGGACCGUUGACGAUUGAGGUGACGAAUGUGGUGACCUGCGACUCGCUGAACUUCUUGCUGCCGCCACGGCUGACAUCCACACACACACACACACACACGCAGGCAGGCAGGCAGGCAGGCAGAACAGCUGUAUCUAUCUAUCUAUGUGUGUGUGUGUGUGUGUAUGUGGUGUGUGUUUGGGUGGGUGGCUGACCACAUGAACCCCGAGAGCAGGUAGGCGGCCUUGUCUGACGUGGCCGUGUCCACAUCCUGACGACUCAACGUCCUGACGCACACACACACACACAUAGAUUAUUGGAUGGAUGGAUGGAUGGAUGGAGAGAGAGAGAGAGAGAGAGGGAAGGCACUUCACUUAUCCCCUUUUGUGUCUGUGCAUGUGCCUACUUGUGGAAUGGGGUGAAUAUGUCCGCGUCGGGGAGGCAGCCCAUCAGCACGUCGUAGCGACUCCCAUCAUCUGAACCGCAGACACACACACACAGAACCAUAAAACCCUUUGUGUGAGCGCAUGUGUGUGCAUGGCUCGGUGUGCCGUUUGGUGUGUGUGUCUGACCUCUGACGACUUCCAUGAUGAGUGUGAUGAUGUACUGGAUGGCCUGCAGGUCCAUCAGAUUCAACACACUAAACACCACCGGAGGCACCUCGCUGUGCUGCACCACACACAACCAAGAACCAUCAGAGGGAGAAACCAGAAGAGCCUUUCUCCUUCCCCUCUCUCUCUGUAUCUCUAAUCGCCCAGCCACCCGCCCCACCGUGAGUAUGUGGUUGGCCCGCUCUUCGCUGGGCAUAUUGUGGAGCAUCUGCAGCACCGAGGCGCUCCCCGGUUUGAGCAGAUGGCUUUGCUCAUACUUGUGCCAGCCAAUGUCGGCCGACAGGACGCUGUCCUCCUGACCAAUCGACGCCCCGGCGGUCUCGGCCUGCGCGAGGGACAAGAGCCGCUGCUGCUCUUCGCUCGACUGGAGGGUGCGCGCCAUGGAUGGUGGUGAUCCGGGACGAUGGUGAGGCAGAGGAUGGUCAAAAGGGGGUGGAAAUGGGAGACCUGGCGGUUCUUUUGAUCUGCCG